AUGCAGCCCGCAAGGCGUUCUAGGCAGCGCGACAUUCGAGAUAUGGCGGAUACCGUGGCGCGCUCGCGGCUAGAUUACCUGUGGGCGGCAGUUGUGGUAGAGAAUGACCUCGCCUUCAAUGUAUCCAAGUCGAAGGCGCUACAAGCCUUCGUUGACGCGGCCGUCGCCUUCGCGAAGCCGUACACACUCCCCACCCCUUACAAGGUGUCCGGCCCGCUCCUCGAAAGGCUACGGGCCGACUCCGAGGACCUUGUGCGGCCGAUUAAGGAGUCAUGGAAGACGUCCGGGUGCAGUCUCUCGGUGGACGGGUGGACGUGCCUCAAGUCCCGCGGGAUGGUGUGCGUCAUCGCCCACAACGACACCGCGCCCGUGAUUGUCAACAUCGUGGACUCAAAAACCGCCAAGAAAACAGGGGACUACCUCGCUGGUCUCAUCGAAUCCGCGAUCCUCAGUGUGGGGAAGAACCUCGUGGUCCAGGUCGUAAUGGACAACGCCUCGAACAACCGAGCCGCGGCUAAGAAGCUUGAGGUCGACUUUCCCCAGGUUUUUUUCACCAACUGCGUGGCCCACUGCUUGGACCUCAUGCUUCACGACCUAGGCAACAUUACGGCCGUCAAGCGCGUUUUGGAGCAAGUUCACCGGGUCGUCAUGAUGAUCAAGGGGAGCGCCUCCGCCGUCGUGCUUUUCCGCGAAUUUUUCACCAAGCUUGCCUUGGUGCGGCCGGGUGCGACGCGUUUCGGAACCCAAGUCAUCAUGUUGCGCCGAUUCCUAGAGGUGAAGAAAGCUCUCCGUGCCAUGGUCAUCAGCGAGGAAUGGGAAGUGGUGCCGGUGGCGCGACAGCCUGAGGGGCAGGAGGUGCGGAGGCUUCUACUGGAUGACGUGUUUUGGGAGUGUGCUAUGGCGGUUCUCAACCUCCUCACGCCGGUUUAUGAAGUGCUGCGGGUUGUCGACACGCGGGCACAAAUCAUGGGCCAGCCGGUCACCUCAUCCGAGGUGGAGCGGUUCUGGUCCAACCUUGCACGUGUGCAGAGACGGGACCGCAACCGCAUCUCCGUGAAGAAGAUGACGGAUGUCACCUUCGUGGCCUUCACCAGGAGGGCCCGCGAUGCAUUCGAUCGCAAAUCUGAGGCCCGUGCUAAGUUGUAUGCCGACCUUACCAACGGAACCCUCAAGGAGGGCAGUGCCGUCUCCCCAGCAGCAAUGGAAGAAGAGGGAGGGGUGGCUGAAGAGGAGGGAGCCGAGGUGGAGUGCACCAUUGAUUGGAACGAAUUUGGGAGCAUCGGUAAGAAGAAGAAGAAGAAGAAGAAGAGGGCGGGUGAGUGCUCCAAGAGGAAGAGGAAGGAGAAGGGGAAAAGUGCAUGCAUGCGGAAGGCGAAAGGAAAGCGUGCAGAGGAGGAGGAGGAGGAGGAUGAGGAGGCAGAAAGCAGUGGGCAGGAGGAAGCACCCUCCAAGCGUGCUAAGGGUGUCCAGCCCUGGGACCGCAGUGAUGGUGAGAGUGGGGAGGAGGAGGAGGAGGAGGAGGAGGAGGAGGAGGAGGAGGAGGAGGGGUAG